CAACUAACCUAAUAACCUAUUGGCAGACAUUCAAAUAAUUUUUGUAUAUUUUUUUUUCGAUUCUUUCAAAAUUUAAUGUGAAAUAUUGGUUAGUUUGAAAAUUUGUAGUAUGUUCAAGAGAACGGCGUUAGCAUUGAGUCGGGUCAAUGGGUCACAUUUGUGUUACGGACGGAUGCAUCCGAAUUUCUUCUUCAGAUGCAAGCACUUGCCAAAGCUUCAAGAUCUAUUAAGUUUUGAUCCACAACCUGAGCCAACAAAAAAUCCCCUGGAAGAGACACAGCCGAAUGCAUUUCCAAGUCCCCUAAGAAAGCGACUCGGAAGAAUUCAAAUAGAAGAGGCAAAGGAUGCUUUCGUGUUCCAGUCUUUGCGUACGGAUAUCCUGGACGAGCUGCGGACGCAACAGUCUCGGAGGAUUGCGAUACGAAAACUGGAGGAGGAAACACGUCAAAACAUAACAAUGCCAAAGAAGAGCGAACCGAAACAGGACUCUAAGAAAACUCUAAAAAUCGAGUGUCUGUGUAAGUCCAAGGAGAGGGCAAUGAAGAAUUGUGGAAAGGAGGUGAAGGAUGCGGAAAUAAUAAAGAAGUGCAAGCAGGUGGCCAACCGGCAGAAACGCAAGAGGGACGCUCUGAAGAAGCUUUCUCGCGAACUGGCCAUGAAGGAGAAGUGCGAGCUGAUGAAGCUGAAGAAAAAGUGCAAGGAGUUGGCCAAAAGGCCAGACUCGUGCGAUCCUUGCGACAUUGAGCUGAGGAAGAAGUGCAAGCAACUGGCCAUCGACGAGGAAUGUAAGAAGAAAGCCCUAGCUGCGAAAUGCAAAAAACAGAAGCGUAAGACCAAAAAAAAGAAGGUGGACAUGGAGAAGAAGUGCAAGGAGCUGGCCCUGCUGCGAGAAUGCCGGCAAAUGGAAGAACAGCAGCAGCGCGAAGAAGAACAACGCCAAAAAGAGGCGUGCCGCAACAAGGCGCAAGAGGGAUGCGUCGAGGAGGAUCCCUGCAACCCUGAUCCGUGCAAGAAACGACAGAUAACUUUCGCCAAGGGACAUCCCUGCUACCAGGAAGAUCCUUGCGCACCGCCGGUAGAUCCUUGUCGAAAAGAUCCAUGCAAGGAAAGAGAGAAAAUGAGAAAGCUUUGCCAGAAAUUGGCCGAAAUAGACCUUUGCCAGAAGAUGGCCAAGAGAGACAAAAUGAUGAAAAUCCUUAAAAAGUGUAAAAAACUGGCACAACGAGAGCAAUGCAAGCGGAUGGCUAACAAACCGAAACCAAAAUGCUAAAAACCCACUAAGUUAACUCUGAUUGAACCAUAAAAAUUGUAUUAAUACGCCAAAUGUAGAAAAUUUUAAAUUUAUCAAAAUUGAUAUAUUAAUAAUAUUUGAAAAAUGUAAAAAUAUCUAAAAUGAAAUAAAUAAAACUUUAAAAAGUUAAUAAC